CAUGGCAUCCACGACGACCAACCUGCAGAAAGCCAUCGACCUGGCCAGCAAGGCCGCCCAGGAGGACAAAGCCGGCAACUAUGAGGAGGCGCUGCAGCUGUACCAGCACGCCGUGCAGUACUUCCUCCACGUGGUGAAAUAUGAGGCCCAGGGUGAUAAAGCCAAGCAGAGCAUCCGGGCCAAGUGCACGGAGUACCUGGACAGAGCGGAAAAGCUGAAGGAGUACCUGAAAAAGAAGGAGAAGCAGCCGCAUAAGCCAGUGAAAGAGGGCCAGCCGAGUUCAGGCGAGGAAAAGGGGAAUGACAGUGAUGGGGAAGGAGAAUCCGAUGAUCCUGAGAAAAAGAAACUGCAGAACCAACUUCAAGGGGCCAUUGUCAUAGAGCGACCGAACGUAAAGUGGAGCGACGUUGCUGGUCUCGAAGGGGCCAAAGAAGCCCUGAAAGAGGCUGUGAUCCUGCCCAUCAAGUUCCCGCAUCUUUUUACAGGCAAGAGAACGCCUUGGAGGGGCAUCCUGUUAUUUGGGCCGCCUGGAACAGGAAAAUCCUAUUUAGCCAAAGCUGUAGCAACAGAAGCAAACAACUCAACAUUUUUUUCAAUAUCAUCCUCUGACCUUGUUUCUAAGUGGUUAGGUGAAAGUGAAAAACUUGUUAAGAACUUAUUCCAACUCGCCAGAGAGAACAAACCUUCCAUUAUCUUCAUCGAUGAAAUUGACUCCCUUUGUGGCUCACGAAGUGAAAAUGAAAGUGAAGCCGCACGCAGAAUCAAGACCGAGUUCCUGGUUCAAAUGCAAGGGGUUGGUGUGGACAACGAUGGAAUUUUGGUCCUGGGAGCUACAAACAUACCCUGGGUUCUGGACUCUGCCAUUAGGCGAAGGUUUGAGAAGCGGAUUUAUAUUCCUUUGCCCGAGGCCCACGCAAGAGCUGCCAUGUUUAAACUGCACUUAGGGACCACGCAGAACAGUCUGACAGAAGCGGAUUUCCGAGACCUGGGCAAGAAAACAGACGGCUAUUCGGGGGCGGACAUCAGCAUCAUUGUGCGGGACGCCCUGAUGCAGCCUGUUAGAAAAGUGCAGUCUGCUACACAUUUUAAAAAGGCUCGCGGGCCUUCACGAGCAGAUCCUGACAAGAUCAUAGAUGACCUGUUGACGCCUUGCUCCCCGGGGGACCCUGGUGCCAUUGAAAUGACGUGGAUGGAUGUCCCAGGAGAUAAGCUUUUGGAGCCAGUUGUUUGCAUGUCGGACAUGUUACGGUCACUCUCUAGCACAAAGCCCACUGUAAAUGAACAUGAUUUAUUGAAGUUGAAGAAGUUUACAGAGGAUUUUGGCCAGGAAGGCUAAACCAAAGAUAACAAGG